UUGCGAUGAUAGUGUGGCACCGCUGCCGCCUCGCCCAGUGCCACUCGCAGACCCGUCUCUCUUCCAGCUUUCGGGAAUUGGAUUAGGAAUGCUAUUCCAGUCGACUACCCGCGCCACCUACUGCCGGAACGCGGUGGAUGGAUAAGUUGAUGUGAUUUCCACAGAUUUCAGUUCUUUGCCUGACCAGCUAGUUCACAUUAACUGGAAUAUCAUAUUCCAGGUCUGUGACUGGAAUCUGUUCCAGGGACCCUGAACAGGAAUAGGACAGGGUAGGAAUUUACGGAAACAGCAAGAAUAAAAACGGCAGUUGCUCAUGAAAACUGAGCUAAACUGAUCUGAAAAGUCUCUUCAUCAGAAAAAGCAACCUGAAAAUACCCUCGAGAGAUCACGUAGAAGAUUACGAUGAAUUUAAAAAAAUAAAGAAAUAAAAAAUAAAGACAACAAAAAAAAGGCACCGAACGCUCCCAGUAAACAAAAGGGAUGCACGACCAACGCGCCUCUAGAAGCCCCACCCCCCAUCGCAGACUCACCGCUUCUCAUCUCGUCGCCCUGAGAUGAAUGAGAUGACGAGAGAUGAAUGAGAUGACGAGAGAUGACUGAGAUGACAAGCAGAGGACUCUCAUUUCUUCGCUAGUGACGACUAACCGAGGUUCUUCAGUCAAUAUGGUCGCAGCCGAACCAGCUGUAUGGCUGGUGUUCCUAGCUCUUACGGGAUUGGCUCCCAUGGCAGCCAGUAACGGAGAGAACGGCGCCAUGCCCAGAUUCGUCGAGAAAGUGCCCAACAUUACCGUUACCGUUGGGAGAGAUGCCAUGUUGCCAUGUACCGUCGAACAGUUGAAAGGUUAUAAGGUAGCGUGGGUGCAGGUGGACACGCAGACCAUCCUGACCAUCCACAAGCAGGUCAUUACCAGAAACCCCCGAAUCGCCCUCCUCCACAACGACCACAGGACCUGGCACCUCCAGCUCAAAAACGUGAGGGAGAGUGACCGCGGGUGGUACAUGUGUCAGGUCAACACCGACCCCAUGAGGUAUCGACAAGGCUACGUGGAUGUCGUGGUCCCUCCCGAUAUCAUUGACAAAGACUCCUCCGGUGACCUUACGGUACGCGAAGGUCAAGACGUAACCUUGACCUGUCGUGCCAAAGGUCACCCAACACCCACCAUCGUCUGGAGGAGGGAGGAUAAUCGGGAUAUUGUCCUAGACACCGAAAACACAGACAUGGUAGGGGUAGAAAACGGAGUGGGCAUCUCCUCCCGGAGGGAUGGGGGCAGCCCCUCGAUCGUAGGGGGCUCCUCGGGGAGUCCCCCCUCCUUACGAGAGGUCAAGGGGGAGGUCCUGGAGCUGAAGAAAGUGUCCCGUCUCCAGAUGGGGUCUUACCUCUGCAUAGCUUCCAAUGGCGUUCCUCCUUCCAUUAGCAAAAGGGCUAAUUUGAGAGUUCAGUUUCCUCCAAUGGCUUGGGUGCCACAGCAGCUGGAAGGUGCCUACUUGGGACAGGAAUUGACAAUCGAGUGCCACACAGAGGCCUUCCCAAAAAGCAUCAAUUACUGGACCAACACCAACGGAGAUAUGAUUGUGGCAGGAGAGAGAUACGAGCCCAUCGUAGCAGACAGUUCCUACAAAAUCUACAUGAAGCUGCGGAUCAAAAGGGUCGAGCCCCAGGACCUCGGAACGUUCAAAUGCGUAGCCAAGAACUCCCUCGGCGAGACGGACGGAGCCAUCAAGGUUUACGAAAUCGAGCCCCCCAAGUCCCACUUGAACCCUUCGCCCGGAGGUGAGGAGCAGCCCACCGAAGGGAACAGCAGCCAGGACUUCGAAACGGUAACCACACCGGCCUCUGACCCUCAGAGCAAAGAUCGCAAGAAGUUCGAGAACUUCCUUUAUCCCAAGGGGGUGAACGACCUUACCGACUAUCACCCGGGCGGUAAGAGCUUUAUCAAUCCAAAAGACCAAGAUUAUCGUCAGAGCCGGCGUCCAGGAUUCUCCGGGUCGACUGGGACAGGAACAGGAACCCUUCCCAAACCUUUCGCUAGUAUCCUAUGCGCCUCCUUGGCUCUUGUGGCGUCCUACACCAUGUCCUUCAACAGCAACAAUAUCCUUCUGAAAGGAAGGCUGCUGUGAUAAGCAUUUAGUUGGGGCUUCCUCAGGCAAUGGAAGGACAGUGGUGUCCUGGAAGGGCACUGGUCACUUGGAAGACUAGUUGUCGCCUGGAAGAACAGUGGUCGCCAGGAAGGUCACUGGUCCCCUAUAAGGCCACUGGUAGCCUAAACGGGCACUAGUCGCUUGGAAGGGGCACACUAUUCGUCUGGAAGGACACUAGUACAUUGGAAGGAUAGUGGUCGCCUGGAAUGGCACUGGUCACCUGGAAGGAUACUAGUUGUCUGGAAGGAAACUAGUCGCCUGGAAGGGCACUGGUUACCUGGAAGGAUACUAGUUGCCUGCAAGGGCACACUAUUCGUCUGGAAGGACACUAGUACCUUGGAAGGACAGUGGUCGCCUGGAAUGGCACUGGUCUCCUGGAAGGACACUAGUAGCCUGGAAGGACACUAGUAGCCUGUAAGGACAGCGGUCGCCUGGAAGGGCACUGGUCGUUUGGAAGGACAAUGGUCGCUCGAGAAGUAUGAAAAGGAGAUGGAGUUUGCCAAAAUAACUUUUUGUUGGAAAAUUCAAAAACUUUUGUGUCUGGAAAAGAAACCGGUUUGAAGGAGUUUCCAGGAGUUUGGAAAAUUCUCCAGUUAAACUGAACAAACGUUAAGUGAAUCACAGUGGUGGUGAGACGAAUUAUUAUUAUAAUAAUAUGUAUCAGUGGACUUCAAACUUUGCUAAAGAAUUGCAUUUCAAGUACAAUAAUGUUAAGUUAAAGUUAUUUACGUUCUCUGAACAGUAUAGAACUGCAAUGAUGAAGUGAUAUGAAGAAAUCCCAGGACAAACGAAUACGUUUUUCAAAUGUAUUACACGAGAAAUGAGUUCAUUCUUUUGGUAUUUCACGCUGAAAAUGAGAUGAACCAAACCAAGCUCAAGUUUCCACUGAGUGAAUGAAAGAAUCAGUGUGAAGGCACUGAACACAGUGUGACCAGCCAGACACAGAACACAGCGUCUGUCGUCUCUUAACCAGUAUCAGUGUAAAUAUAAACACAGGUGUACAGACAUAACAAGCCAUUAUAAAGCAUGAACAAACGACAGACCAUUUUGACUUCUCAAUUGCAGAGCUGCUUCUUUCACGAAACGAGAAAAUAAAUCUUCCUAUAUAUUGUAUCCCAUAUCGUCGAUGAUUGUAUAAAAAAAACAAGUAUCAUUCAUUGUUCAUUAGUUUUAGACUAAUUGAAAUGUAUCAUAGAUGGCGAUUUCAACAAAAAAAGGUAGUGAACUGAACAUUAGCCAUUAUUCCUGAAACUGUAGGUACAUGUGUAAAUGCAUACAUACAUACAUACAAGACACUAAUGAUAACAACCUUGCCCAGUCUGCCAAGAUCAAAAAUAAAUAAAUCACGUUUCGUAGCUUUGACUUAAGCUCAUAAUUAUGUGACUGUGGUUCAUGAGUCAUUACAUACGCGAAUAUAUUCAUUUUUAUUUAUAUUUUACUUUCCAUUUCCAUAUAUAUAUAUUUUUUUGCACAUAAUACUCUAUUCGGUGGAAAAUUGCUUAGUAUACAGUUGAUAAUCUUUGUGAAUUGGUCUACAUAAAUGUUAUUUUACGGGUUCCUAAAUCUAAUGAAUUAGAUGAAUGUGCGUAAAUCUGGAUAAUUAUAGUGAUUGCAAUAACAAGAAUUAAAUCAAGACAAGAAAAAAACCUUAUCACACAUACUUCCCGGGUGAGAAAAAAGACAAACCAUAUAAUGUAAUAAAAAUAAACAACUGGAAGAAAAGCAGGCCACAAGAGAAGGAAGUUUGUACAUAAUUAUGAAUAUAUUAUAUAAUCUCCUCGAAGUUAUGCCAUAAUCUAAUACCUCAGUAGUCUAUAGGAUACAUCCCCACAAGACAGAGGAAACAAUAAUGUGAUUUCCACGUGACUGCUGAUAAAGCUUAGGAGAACUUUGUAGUGAUCUCUUCAUUCAUGAUUUAUAUUGAGUUUUUUAUACACUGUUUCUUCUAAAAUCAAAUACGUCGUUAUAAACGAGCAUUAAAACAUAUACGUAGUGUCAAAGGAGAACGUUUUCUGGCUCUCUUUGGUAUCUUGGCACCAAUGUAGCCAGGAUUGGCUACUUGGUGAGAUUUGGCACCAACCAAACUUUGUGCAAAGUGGCUAAUAUUGGUGACAAAUUAUGUACCAAGUAUUGGUGACACACUUGAUGCCAACUAGUCAAUAUUAGUAAUAAACUUUAUACCCAGUGGUCAAUAUUGAUGACAUAUUCUUCAGUACCAAGUAGCCAAUAUUGGUGACAUAAUUUAUAUCAAGAAGCCAGUAUUGGUGACGUACUCUUUACUCUGUAUUGGUGAUAUAUUCAGUACCAACGUGGAAAUAUUGGUGACAUAAUUGUUUCAAGUAGCAAUAUCUCAAUAAACCUCUGUACCAAGUACCCAAAACUGGUGCUAUAUUGCGUACCAACUAGCCAAUAUUGGUGACAUACUCUAUACCAAGUGGCCAAUAUUGGUGACAUACUCUAUACCAAGUAGCCAAUAUUGGUGAUAUACUCUUUACCAAGUAGCCAAUAUUGGUGACAAUUCUAUACCAAAUACCCACUUCUGGUGACAUACUCAAUACCAAUUAGCCAUUUAUUGGUGACAUACUGCUCGUCGGUUACCAGUUAACCAAACGGGAACAAAACUUUGUACCCGGCAGCAAAUAUCUGAACAAAUUAGGUCACCUACGAGUAAACACAAACAAUUUCAAACCUCUCU